AUGGGGAGCAAUUCUGGAGGCCAAGAGAGCUGCGCGCUUCUGGGCGACGGCGACUGGGCCCUACCGUCCGGACCAAUGACUCGCCGCAUGGGCCAACAGAGAUAUACAAGAUUCUACAACUACCUCGCUGCAGCGCUGGCACUCGCAUCGUUCCCACUCGCAUCGUUCGCCCAGGAAAAUGAGUGUGGUGGUGGUGAGCCCGAGGCCACGGUGACCGGCGAGGGGAAUUCCUACACGGCUACCUCUCUCUCCAAGGAAGUCUACAGCGGCUCAGACUACCUUGCCGCCAUCACCGCCGCGCUGGAUUCGAUCUCUGAAGGCCAACGUGUAUCUGUCAUCGCCUCCGGCUCGAUAGGCACCGGCCGGAUUCAUGUCGAUAGCGGAAAGAUCUUUGAAGGCUGCGGUACUAUCGAUAUUGGCAACAACAAGCGCGGCUCCAUCGAGUCCCUCAACACCGUCGGGGCCUCCAUCCCGUUCUUGACUCUGACCGGCUCUCCCUACUUCGGGAUGCGCUUCUACGGCACCCACGGGUUGUCGCUCGGCCGCAUCACCAUGAGGCUCAGUGGCGGGAUGGGCAUCCGCUUCGAUCGCGACGAAGCCCCGAACACCGACGUCCAGAUGGACGUCAUCGACGUGAAGGGAGCAGGGAGCCACGCCGUCGAGACGUGGAACAUCGACGGCCUCACCAUCAACGAGGUCCUCGCCGAGGACGUCGGCGAGUGUGGCCUGCUGCUGCAGGCGACCACCAACGCGAAGGUUGGCCUCGUCAAGGGAACCAACGUAGCGACCGGCAAUGGCUACGCCACCUUCCGCAUGGCCAACCGGAACGGCCGUUCCGGCGAUGACUACUCUACCAACAUCUUCAUCGAUGAGGUUAUCGCCACCGGCGGCGGGCGCGGCAUCUUCUGCGUGUCGGAGUCGGGCGGCGCCGAGAUCCGCAAGAUCGACAUCUCGAACACCGGCGGCGACUCCAUCCUUAUUGAGAACUGCCACAACGUCAACAUCCUGGGCGGUGUCGUGACCGGGGGUGGCAACGUGCGCCUGGCGAAGCGAAAUGAGUUUGAGAACAACUCCGACAUCAGCCUGAACAUUGAAGUCAACGACACCCCGGUAUUGGAGAAGCCAUGCGGUGAAAACUCCCGGCUCGAAAUUUCCGGAAACGCCGACGUGAAAAUCUGCUAG